UCGCUGCGGAGUAGAUAUAACAUUUUCAACUCUUGGUCUUGCCCCCAAUUGGCAACUCUCCGGUGGCGGUCUAGUUGUUUUUACAAAAUUAUCUUUGGUAAUCCCUCGAAUGGGACCUUAAUGAUCUGUUUGGUUUCCGAUGAAAGUCGAGGAAGGGCCAGCCACAUCGACUCAACUUUUCUCCUUUGAUUUUCGGCGAACAAGAUUAACAAGAAGAUUGCUGGCCCUGGUUGGGUUGCUUAUGUUGAUUGGUGUGGACAAACCUGGAUUGGUGUGAGGGACUUUUUUGUUGCCUUUAGCUGAAGGACUUCUUUGUUGCUCAAGAGUUUCUUGCCUUGUCUUGUUUUUUGCUGAAUCUUGAUUGCUUAGACCUAAGAAUUAUGAUUCAAAGCUAUGCUUCCUUUGCUUAUAAUCAUGUAGUUGUUGUAGUUACGAAAGAAGUAUUGAUCGAAGAUUGAAAUCGACUGCUUUGGGUACUUCUCCAAAAGGGUUGGAAUUGAAGGGAAGAUAUUUUGCUUUGCAGACUGGUUUUGUAGAAGUUACAUCGAUGGGUUCCAUUCAUAAUAGAGUUCAUUACUGUUGUGUAUCGAGGGCUAACAGGACUCUGCAUGUAUAUAGUGGGGGAGACCAUGAGGUUGAGAAUAUGGCCUCACUGUGCUUAGAAGUGACUCCCUCAUAUCAUAAGUGGUAUUUUGAGACAAUUGGCAGGAGGACUUUCGGGUUUUUGAUAGAAGAUGGAUAUGUUUAUUUCACUAUCAUCGAUGCAGGUCUUGGAAACCCUGGGGUACUUCAAUUCCUGGAGCUUGUAAGAGAUGAAUUUAAGAAGGUAGCUAGAAAGGGUUCAAGAGGAAGUUUUUCUAGUAUGAGUUCAAUCAACAUAGAAGAACAGCUAGUGCCUGUUAUCCACCGAUUGAUAACUUCUCUAGAACAUGUCUCUCAAAGUGGCAAUGGUUGGAAUGUUGGGGCAGCUUCAUCUGAUCACGUCGGCCUUUCUCCAUUACCAAGUACUGCAAAUAAUCAAAUUGAUGCUGCCACUUCCACUAAAGCUCCAUUGUUAGGCAAAUCUAGCAAGCAAGAGAAGAAGAAAGCCAAGGAACAUGUGAUAGUAAUGCGAGAUAUUGAGUUGGAGGAGCAUCGGAAAUCCACAGAUAGAGGAGUCAAGGUUGAUACCACAGCUUUGGAUACUAGUAGCCAAGGAGUAGCAACUUCUUCAAUUUCGUUGCAGAAGGAUUUAGGUUCUAUGAGGAUGAGAGCAGGAUCUCGUACCAUUCGGAAGAAGUGGUGGCGUCAAGUAUGGAUUGUACUUGCCAUCGAUGCAGCAGUUUGUUUAAUACUCUUCAUAAUUUGGUUGUUAAUCUGCCGUGGUCUUGAGUGCACUCACUCUUGAUUCCAAGUUGACUACGGAAAUAUGCAUGAUCAUGACCCAAAUGACCGCUUGCCAAAGUUUCAUAAAACUGAGGUUUUGCUGUGCGAGAAGAGAGGAAAUACCAUACCUAGCGCCUAGCAGUCUUAUCAAACAUUCAAAGACGUGCUUCAAGUUAUACAUUCAGUGGUGCCAGGUUAGGAUACAGUGAUAUAUUUCCAACGCAUAAUUGAUUAAAAUUUCAUUUUACCACUCUCUUGGUUUGGAUGUCUCUGUACUGCUUCCUUCCUUUCCCUAUGUCCAUUGUUCCAGAUACAAUAUAAGAAGCUAUGUAAUCUCCGGAUAUGCAAAUAAGCAUACUAUGAUGAUUUUCGACUUUUUUUUCCCACUUAUUUCAUGUUGGUUGCUUUAGCAAUUAUGAGAGUGUUUUGAGUA